AUGGAGUGUUUGGGGAAUAAGGGGAGCACAGUGAGGCUGGGGGGCAAGGAGGCUGCCCCGCGGUGGCACCCGGUGCUGCUGGCGCUGGUGGGGCCGGCGGCGGCCGGGGACCCCGCCGGGGCCCGCAAUGACCGGGCGGUGGCCGCCCUGCUGGGGCUCCUGCUGUGCCUGGCGCUGGGGCUGGCGCUGGCCUGGCACCACCUGUGCCGCCUCUCCGCCGGCCGCUACCACCCCCGGCCCUUGGGCCACCGGGCGCUGGAGCUACUGCGGGGACAAUGGCACCGGCUGCGCUCACCGGAGGACCCCGCCGCGGCCCUCGGGGACGGCGACGGGGAGGUGGCCGUGCGGGACGAGGCGGAAGAGCUGAUGCCCUGGAGUCUGGAGCGGCGACCAGAGCAGGACGAGGAGGAUGAGCAGGAGGAGGAUGAGGAUGAGCAUGAGGAGGAUGAGGCCGAGGCAGCGCCGGAGGGCGGGGAGAGCCCCCUGAGUGAGGGGGAGGCAAAGGGCGGCAGCGCCGAGGCCCUGCUCAGUGACCUGCACGCCUUCUCGGGGACGGCGGCCUGGGGGGACGAUGUGCGGCCACACGGCACCGCCUUGUGACAUCAUCGUCCUGGUGUCACCACCCUUGGAUGUCACCUCCCUGUAGUAUCACCUCCUUGCAGUGUCACCUCCCUGUAGUGUUGCCACCCUGUAGUGUCACCUCCCUGUAGUGUCACCGCCUUGUAAUGUCGCCUCCCUGCAGUGUCAUUGCCCUGUAAUGUCAUCUCCCUGUAGUGUCACCUCCUUGUAAUGU